CUGGGGUGGGUUCUGUUUAAUUUCCUUUCUGUGGGUUGUAGAAAUAUGGGAUUUUCAGAGUCUCAAGGUGUUUAGUAAUUAAAGAGUUGUGGUUUUAGUAGGAUGGCUACUCUCAGUGCUGUGGUCUGGGAAGCUGACAAUGGUUUGGUGGGAAGCAUAAUGGCAAUGAAAAAUAAAGCACUUUGCCAUAGACCGCCUCUUGAAGAAAUCCGUAAUGGAACACUGAUUCCUACAAAAAAGUCAGCAGCUGUGAACUUUAAGUUAACAAAACAAGUUAAAACCUUUAAACAAGAAGAUGCUGAAAGAAAUGUUGCUGAAAAAGUUAUAUGGCAAGCUGAGAUGCCAAUAAGUAUAGAUGUGACAAUGAAGGAGGAAAAUCUUUGCCAGGCGUUUUCUGAGGUUCUAAACAACAUGGACGAUAUUGAUGUCGGCAAUCCACAGAUGUGCAGUGACUAUGUGAAUGACAUCUACACUUACCUGAAACAGUUAGAGGUCCAGCAAUCUGUCCGUCCAUAUUACCUACAAGGGAUGGAGGUGAACGAACGUAUGAGAUUCAUUCUCAUAGACUGGUUAAUGCAAGUCCAUUCCAAAUUUCAGUUGUUAACAGAGACUCUGUAUAUGACUGUUGCUAUUAUCGACCGCUUUCUACAGGUUCACCCUGUCCCAAGGAACAAACUUCAGCUGGUAGGAGUAGCAUCACUCUACGUGGCUUCAAAAUACGAAGAAAUGUAUUAUCCAGAAAUUGCAGACCUUGUCUAUAUAACAGACAAAACCUAUUCCAAAGCUGAGAUCCGAGAAAUGGAGAGGACUAUACUUGAGAAGUUGAGUUUUGAUUUGGGAAGACCAUUACCAAUUCAUUUCCUCCGGAGAGCAUCCAGGUGUUGCCAUGCUGAGGUUAAACAACACAGUCUUGCCAAAUACUUCAUGGAACUUUCCUUGCUGGACUAUGACAUGGUUCACUACCAGCCUUCCAUAAUAGCAGCUGCAGCUCUUUGCCUCACCCAAAAAGUUCUUAACUGGAGUUCUUGGAAUGCCAGUUUACAGCAUUACACCGGCUACACAGAAGAAAAUCUCCUCCCCGUCAUGCAGCACAUGGCCAAGAAUGUUGUUAAGAUCAACAAUAAUGUGACUCAACUUGUUUAUGUGAAAAACAAAUAUUCCAGCCGAAAACUUUAUCACAUCAGCACCAUUCCCCACCUGGACUCUCCUGUGUUACUGUGCCUCGCUGCUCCCCUUGUCUCUGAUUUGUAGUAACUUAUGGAAAAUACUCUGGCUUGGUUUUUUAAGACUUUUUCAAAACCCUUUAAAAAAAAAAAAAAGUAAAAUAAUAAUUGUUGGUUUAUUUUAAAUGUUAAUUUGUUUACAGUGUUUAUUAUAAUAAUCAAAUGUUGUAAUGUUCUCAAAAUAAAACCACUGGCUUUUUACUUCAAACAAUAUUGGCAUUUGAUUGUAGUAGGUCAGCAUUUCUAUGUACUGUAUGUUUUGUAAACAUGUCCUUCUGUUCCAUUCCCUGUGUUUGAGUCUGAAUAAAAAUGUGAAAAUAA